GCCAACCCUAAUUUGCGCACCACGUUUCUCGAGUCAGGUUAAAUGUCGUGCUGGUUUGAUGACGACGGAUCAAAUAUUAGAAGGGAAGUUUCAUUUUACCAGCAUAGCGUUUUCGUAUAGCUCCUUUAAAUUGCGUUGCAUCAGUCUCUUGUUAGCAUAUUACGUUGGCAGGUGUUCGUCGCGACUCGCGAGAAUAUUUGUGCGAAAGCAGUUGGCUGUAAAGGUAACUACAUUCAAAAGGAAACUAAUUCCACUAAAUACAACUUGAUUUACAGCACAUAAGAGAGGCCUAUUAGAAUAAUAAGAUGGGUUUCAUCACUGAUGUUGUGAUUCAACUGGCAUUGUUCCUCGUAUUCACAAUAAACUGUGAAAAUACGACCGGAAUUGGGCACCCAUUGGACCCAGUCUUGAAUGUCACUACGGAAUGCAUAACUUACCGCUACGUUCUAUGCCCCAAGAAUAUGACGGCCAUGACUGUUAUAUUCGAAUAUGAAAAAAUGGAUGAUCCGUAUUCAUCCAUAUCGAAGGAUUCGCAAUGUAUUUUCUAUCGAUUCAUUCCGUGUCGAGAGGCUUCGCCAGAUCUGAUCCUCGAACAAGAACGACAUCGACAAACCAAAUCAAUAAACGGGAAAGAACAAAAAAAUUUCGAAGAGAAAAAAAAUUUGGAACUGUCUGCCCUGGAAAAUAAAUUGAACUGCUUAACCAGUCAAAUAACGCAAUGUGAAAUUUCCCAGAUUAUUUCGAAGGAAAACAUGAAACAGCUGAAUGUGACUGAAAACGAGAAGUUUGUCCUGCAAAGAGACAUAAACAACUUAACCGACAAAAUAAAGCAAUCUGAAACCUCACGUCAAAGAUCAGAUGAACAUUUGAUAUUGUGCAAAAAACUGGCAUAUAAUUUAACCUUAAAAUCUGCUGAAUGCGGAAUGGAGAUUGAGGGUAAGAAAGCAGCGGAGAACAUCGUCACAGAAGCCCAAGUCGCGAAAAAACAGUUGAUUGAUGAUAAAACCAAACUCAUGUACUCGUCCAUCGCUAAAAAUUUCAAUAGUACUCCUUUUUCGGGAAAAUUAGGCGUACAAAGUUACACCCUUUACCAAAUGGGCCGUAUGAAGAUCAUACCAAAACUGCAUAUAGUGCCACUUGUGGCCCAAUACGGCAUAGUUUUCAACGAUGUCGCAUCGAUAAGUUACAACCUCACGAUUCCACCGUGUAAGCAAUCAGCAGAGAGCCUCGCAGACAGCAGCCGUAGUGUCUUUAUUGCCGUGGUAUCUGCACCUGGAAACCGAGAAAGACGAGAAACUAUUCGACAGACGUGGAAAAGACAUGCCCAACUGGUGCUGGGCAUCACGAUUGAGUUUGCUUUUGUUUUAGGACCAACUGAUGAUGAUCAAACCCAAAACCGUGUUAAAGAGGAAAGCACAAUAAAUGAAGAUAUCAUUCAGAUUUCGGAUAUGCCAGCAGAGUUUCCAAGUAAUAUGACGAUGCCCGGGGUUUUAAAUUGGAUUUAUUAUCACUGUCCCCAAACCGAAUUUCUAUUUAAAGUCGAAGAUGACAUGUAUGUCAACGUACACAAACUAGCAUACUUUGUUCGAGACUUUUACAAAUUCGGCAAUAAUGGCACUUUGGCCAUUUACAGUCAGAUGGUGGAUGAGAAUAUUGAUGGCCAGAAAAUCAAGCCCAAGCCAAAGAGAAGUGGGGAAAAGAUGGUUUCGUUAGACGAUUGGCCGUGGAAUACGUAUCCGUAUUACUUUGAUGGGCCUGCCUAUUUGAUGCAUAAAAGUACCAUCUUCCCACUAUUGGCAGCCAUUCAAACAACGCCUGUCUAUUCCUUUGAAGACGUCUACAUCACCGGAAUUUGUGGCGAUAAAGUCGGACUAAAUAGAAGAAUAAGCGGCAAAAGUUUACCAGUCUUGUGGCCACGGGCAUCGGAAACUGUGACAAAUACAUGUGACGUUCACAAGUUUCUAUCCUGGAAGAAUACGGAUUCGUCCAUAUCCCACGAGAAAAUCGACGCAUUUUACAGUGGACGCGCUCCCAAUUCUCCGUGUGAUUACAAUUACAAAGACAGCCACAAUUUUACAUUUUUCCGUUUGGAUUAAAAAAGUUUUAUUAUUAUUACUUCAUAUUUUUUAAAUCUUUAUCUUCUUUAUAUUCUUUAGACAGUUAUUGAAUACUGUAGUGUGCUGUGGA